AUGCACGACGCAGAGACAACUGUAGACUCUUUACUGAAAGAGAUAGAUAAUGAAAUGGAACAAACGAAGUCCAAUGCGGUACAGAAUGGUUCUGAAAAUGCACCAAACAAUUGGAAGCUUCCGCUGCAGGAAAUAGGUGACGAUACAAUGGAAAUGUUGGUCAAACACAAUACUAGGUCGAAUGCGACGGAAAAAAGUAGAGGCCGAUCACCUUCUAGAAGGUCUGUCAUCUCCAAUGAAAGCUUCAGUUUGGGCCUCUUGGGUGUAAAUUCCGAACUUGAAGAAUCCCCAGUCGCGGUGCACCAGGAACGGAUUAAAAACUCAGUUUCCAAUGGCUCACUUUAUCAUGCCAGUUCACCCAAAGUACUUAAUAAUCUGAAAAAUAUGGCCCAAGAUAUAGACAAGUUGGCUUGCGAUGAGGAAAAGCCAGCAAAACUUAGCAGCUCUCCACUCAAAUUUACUUUGAAAUCCACGCAACCGCUGCUGUCGUAUCCAGAAUCACCCAUUCACAGAAGUUCUAUCGAAAUUGAAACGAAUUAUGAUGACGAAGAUGAAGAGGAAGAAGAUGAUGCAUACACACGCUUGACGCAGUCACCUCAAAUAUUACACUCACCAUCAAGGAUUCCGAUAACGAACGCUGUGUCGAUUAAUAAGCUCAAUCUCGAUUUCACAUUAAAUUCCAAUGAAUCUGACAAGGGGUUAUUAUCUGACACCUCGGUAGAUAGUACAGAGCAAGAACUAAACACGAAAACAAUUCCAGAACUACCAUGUUAUAUGUCAUCUACCCCCGAAAUGACACCAGUCGAUGGGAAGUGUAGCCUUUCAAGUAAAUUGUUGAACAUUAAUAGUAAAUCACAUUCGGAUUCAAAAUCGCCAACGGCCUCUGUGGAAGAUUUGAAUAUUUCAAUGAAUCUGCCGGAGACUGGUUUUGGCCAGGAUAAUCCAUUAACUACUGAUACAGAUGCGCUUAUUGAAAAUGAUGUAGUGCAGGAGCUACAACAGAAUAUGGAACAUGUCAAUGAUAUUUUCGAUGAGGAAAAAGUUCUUAGCGAAUGCUACAACAAGGAGCCUGUAGAUUUUUUGGGCGAAAACGACACUACGUCCGUCAUAUACCGUAAUAAUGAGCCCAAUACCAAUGUUGAAGACUUUUCACGGAAAGCCUCUCUGGGGCACAAUGAAUCCAAAUUCAAAGAUGUUGAUACUAAAUCUGAUGACAUAUGGAAAGACGAAAAAGGAACCGACGCAGAUGUUUCAACAUCUACAAAAUCAGAGGAAGGUUACAUUGCUGACUAUAAAGUAAUGAGACAAGAAAACCGGGGUAUCAAAAAGCUUGAUCAAGAAAGUGAGCAUGAAAAUAAACAACCGGUAAUAACCCAUCAAAAGGAUGCUUCAGAAGAAAGAUAUACUGGACUAAAUAUCGAAAAUGAAUCCUAUGGAAACUGUGGUGAUGAGGUGGAACACGAGGCUGUUCAAGCAGAGGAGAAUCAGCCAAGACAAGUAGCAAACAGUUUAGAAGAUAACAGAAUAUAUGACAGAGAAAGUGAUUUUGACCAUAAAGGAAUCGCUAAAGUGAAUAAUCCACUAGCAAAAAGCUGUGCAGAAGAGCACUUUCCGUCAUCAUUAUCUGAAAAUCUGUCGGUAAUUGAUAAUUACCGUGAAGACAGAGUCGAAGAGAGGGAAGCUGAAAUUAAGGAUGAGAACAUUGAAAACGAGAAAAAUGAAAAUGAAUAUAAUAAAAUCGAAGAAAAGGGAGAGCAAGACCACGUUCCCCUUUUACCACCCCUGCCAAGAUGGGAAGCAAUUCAAUUCAACGAGCCAUUUACAGAUGAAAAUGAUACCUCUAAUGAUUCCAUUGACUUAACCAGAUCCAUGAAACCGUCAGAUUACAUUUCUAUAUGGCAUAUCCAAGAAGAAGAAAUCAAAUCUACUUCACCAGAAUCCAUCGCGAAUUCUCAAUUUUCGCAACAGUCCACCGUUACCACUGCAUCCACGAUCGAUUCCAAGAGGGAAAAUGGCCCAACAUCCUUUAAAUUCAAACCUAGGAUAGUGAGCAGGAGUAGGAUUUACAAUCCAAAAAGUAGAGUAUCGUCAUUGAAUUAUUAUGACAGCGAAGAUUACAUCUUAAACAAUAGUGAAUGGAAUGCAUUGGACCCUAUGAGAAGAAAUACACUCAUAUCUAAAAGGAUUCAAGAUAAUAUAAGAACUCAAAAGGGUCUCACCCCGUUCAUAAGGCCAAGUGUUAUGAAACUUCACGGCGAAGACUCUGGCUUUCAAAAUCAUAUUUUGGAGGAAGAACAGUCGCAAGAAAGUGAAAAUAUUCCAUUAAACACGCAGCUAAGCGAACAAGAAAUCACAACAGAAGUAAGUCCUGAUGAACAAAAAUUGUCAACGAAUACUCAGGAUGAAACUAGAGUUUCCAUCCGGGAAAUAGAAAGUGCGGGGGAUAUAACUUUUAAUAGAAGCGAUUUACUAUCUUUAUCCAUCGAUGGGGAAUUGGGUCAGGAUUUUGCUAAUUUUCUAGAUGCGUUAGAUCAUGAUUCCACAUCCUUCAAUUAUGGACCAGAUGAUUCAGCCAGUUUCCAAAAGGACAGUUCAAAGAAAAGUUUCAACUCUCUUUGGGAAAGUAAUUACGAACUAAAACCGCCGCCUUCCAUAAGAAAGCAACCUAUUGCCCCAGAUGUCCUUCAAAAAUUAUUAGAAUCAGAUACUAAAAAUGACACAGAAUUGGAAAAAAAUAAAGAAGAACGUAUAAAUGAGCCCCGGACUGGUUUGGGGAUUGGAACGCUGAAGACACCAGUUAAAGAUGUUUCAAUUGCGCUAGCUGCAAGCAUUAGAGGGUAUGAAGCAAGUUUCAGCGACACUGACUCUCCUCCGGAGGGCAUGACCAAUAGUGAUGCCAUCACUUUGAACAUGUUCGACGAUUUCGAAGAAGAUGAAAUGACCCCAUGUACCCCAACUCGUAGUAUAAGUAUAAGUCCAGUAAAACGACAUAUCAGCAGUCCUUUCAAAGUAGUGAAAGCUGGAAACAAACAAACCAAUGAUGGAAUAAACGUCAAGUCUGAGGAGGAAGUAGAGCCAGUGAAGCGGGGGGAGACUGAUGAUUUAAAACAAGCUACACCUCCACCGUUAACCCAAGCGAAAGCAAAUGCUGAGACAAAGGAAGAAAUAAAUACCCAACUUGAAGAACCACAAGAUUCUAAAGAAGAUUUUCCAGAUAUGGGAACGCUUUAUCUAAGUAUAAAGGCCAUUUCCACCCUUGCAUUAUACGGCACCAAGAGUCAUAGAGGAUCGUAUGCUAUUGUUUUUGAUAAUGGAGAAAAUGUCAUUCAGACACCCUGGGAGUCCCUUCCAUAUGACGGUAACAUCAGGAUCGAUAAGGAAUUCGAAUUGCCUAUAGAUUUUAUAAAAAAAGGCGAUUCCUCCUCUGCUUCUUCCGAAAGAGACGGCUACAAAAAAUGUGUUAUUACAUUGAAAUGCAAAUAUGAGAGGCCUCGACAUGAAUUGGUCGAAGUAGUAGACAAGGUGCCUGUCGGUAAAAGUUUUUUUGGAAAGACAAAGUAUAAAUUUGAAAAGAAGUAUGUGCAGAAAAAAGCUAAACAGGAUGAAUGGGAUUAUUUGUUUGCACAAGACGGUUCAUUUGCCCGUUGUGAAAUCGAAAUUGAUGAUGAAUUUCUGAAUAACGUGGCAUUCAAUAACAACCAUAUGCGUUAUGAUAUGAUUAAUAAGUGGAGCAGAAUCGCAGAUAAAAUUCACGGCUCAAAAAAGCUGUACGAAUUGCCACGCAGGGCACCUCACAAAGUGGCCUCGUUGAAUGUGGAAGCGUGUUUCUUGGGAAGAACUUCUGCCUUUGAACAAUUUCCCAAACAAUUUUCGUUAGUCCGUAAGAUAAUUUCCAAAUACAAGUUGCAACAAAAUAUUUAUAAAGAAGGAUAUUUAUUGCAGGAUGGUGGUGAUUUGAAAGGAAAAAUAGAAAACAGGUUUUUCAAAUUGCAUGGCUCGCAGCUUUCUGGUUACCAUGAAAUCUCCAGGAAGGCUAAGAUCGACAUUAAUCUGUUGAAAGUUACGAAAGUACUACAUAAUGAAGACAUCCAGGCAGACGAUGGGGGGCAAAGGAAUUUCACAGAUUGGGUGCUCUUUAAUGAAUGCUUCCAGCUAGUAUUUGACGACGGUGAAAGAAUUACAUUUAAUGCGGAAUGCUCUAAUGAGGAGAAAAGUGAUUGGUAUAAUAAGCUCCAGGAAGUUGUUGAGUUGAAUGUUUUCCAUCAACCUUGGGUGAAAAAGUAUUGUGAAAAGUUGGCUAUAGGGGAAAAGGAAAAAACAACUAGUUACCAGUUAAAGUAG